GGUCUCGAAAAGUGCAAGUACCGCCGCUGUUCAGGCCGCUUUCCUACUCUUCCACCGACAACAGCAAGCGCGGCUGCGGGCACCAUCAACGAGCCGCCAUCAUGCCUCUUUUUAUUCUCACCGAGACCAGCGCCGGGUACGGCCUGUUCAAGGCUGCCGACAAGAAGCUGCUGGAUUCCGAUAAUCUUUCUGAACGUCUCUCAACCGUUGACAAGAUUGUUAAGGAAAUCAAGUACAAGGAAUUUGCCAAGUUCGACAGUGCUGCGAGUGCUCUCGAGGAAAUUGCUGGAGUGAUUGAGGGCAAAGUCACACCAAAACUCGCCAGCCUGCUCAAUGAGUUCAAGGACGAGAAGAAGGUCACCCUGGCGGUGGCCGAGAGCAAGCUGGGCAGCGCGAUCCUCAAGCUUCCCGAGCUGAACAUCAAGCCCAUCUCUGAUUCUUCCACUACCGAUCUGUUCCGAGCGAUUCGCCAGCACCUGCCAGAGCUGAUCCCCGGUAUGCUGCCAGAGAACUUUAAGGAGAUGUCUCUCGGCUUGUCGCACUCGCUCUCCCGCCACAAGCUCAAGUUCUCGCCCGACAAGGUCGAUGUCAUGAUCGUUCACGCCGUGUCUCUUCUUGACGACCUGGACAAAGAGUUGAACACAUAUGCCAUGCGGGUGAAGGAAUGGUAUGGCUGGCAUUUCCCAGAGCUGGCUAAGAUUCUGCCAGACAACCUAUCGUACGCCAAGGUUAUUGUCACUCUAGGCAUGCGCUCCAACGCUUCUCAAGCCGACCUCUCCGAGAUCCUCCCCCACGAGAUCGAGACUGCCGUCAAGGCCGCUGCCGACAUCAGCAUGGGCACCGAGAUCACGGAGGAGGACCUUGAGAACAUCAAGCUGCUUGCGGAGCAGGUCAUCAGCUAUUCCGAGUACAGGAGACAGCUUGCCGAGUACCUCGAGAACCGCAUGAAGGCAAUCUCCCCCAACAUGACGGAGCUUGUUGGUGCCCUCGUUGGAGCCCGGCUCAUAGCUCAUGCUGGCUCUCUGAUCAGCCUCGCCAAGAACCCCGGUUCCACCAUCCAGAUUCUCGGUGCUGAGAAGGCGCUCUUUCGCGCGCUCAAGACCAAGCACGCGACUCCGAAGUACGGUCUUAUCUACCAUGCUUCGCUGGUCGGUCAGGCCUCUGGCGCCAACAAGGGCAAGAUUGCUCGCCAGCUCGCUGCCAAGCUUGCUCUUGGUGUCCGCACUGACGCUCUUGCCGAAUUCGACGAUGAUGCCGACGACGAGACGCGUGCUGCUCUGGGUAUUCGUUCCAAGGCCAAGCUCGAGCACAAUUUGAGGUUACUGGAGGGCAAGCCGCUGUCAAAGGGCGUUUCGGUCGGCCCCAACGGCAUCCCGCUUGGCGCUCCCUCGAAGUGGGACAUCAAGGAGGCUCGCAAGUACAACAUCGAUGCUGAUGGCCUCAAUGGUGCGGAGGCACUGGCGACGAAGCGGCCUCUCAUUGAGGAGGUUGAUGAGGAGAUGGCUGAGCUUGAUGUCAAUGGAAAAUCCGAUGAGGAGAUGGCGGAAGCUCCGAGCAAAAAGGAGAAGAAGGACAAGAAGGAAAAGAAGGAGAAAAAGGACAAGUCCAAGAAGUCCAAAGAGGCCGAGGCUCCUACACCAGCGAAGAUCACCGAGAAGGAUUACGAGCGUCUUGCCGAUAAGGCAGGCAUGUCGGUAUCCAAGUUCACCCGCAAACUCGAGAAGGGCCAGAUCAAGAUAAACGCCGACGGGACGGUCGAGGUCCUCGGCAAGAUCCUCUCCAAGGCCCAGGAAGCCGAGGAGCAGGCGGGUGCGACGCCGGUAAAGCCCAAGAGCUCCAAGCGCAAGCACGAGCCCGAGGAGGAAGCCGAGACGCCGGCCAAGGAGGAUAAGCCCAAGAAGAAGAAGAAGAAGCACAGCAAAGAGUAGGCGGUUGCCGCUUGUGCUGAGUUCAUUCUCUUUCACUUGCUUGUCUGUAAUGAUAUACACCUUCUGGCGUACCGGCUGGUGGUUUUUGGCGUUUGGAUGGGCAAGAGGACGGCGUUCUUUGGAGGGGAUUGGUUGGUGUUGUGUAUUCGUGCCGCGCUCCAGCUUCGCGGCGAUGAAAAGAAAGGAAUGGGAGGGGAAGGGGCUAGUUGCCGGUUGCCUGCUCUCGCCGGCACGCAUUCUUAGCGUGAGG